ACCCACUAACUGUCUAUAGUAACCUGCACAUGGCAUUUUCUGUCAUCUUGACAGAGAGUCUUUAUGGAUCAACAGUGAUGGAAGCCGAAGCUGCGUUCAAGUGAUGGAGUCAUUUUCUAAAUGCAUUCUAAAUUUAAGGACAACUGAGGGAAGGAGAAGUUAAGCGAGUUGUGAGCAAUUUCAGUGAAGCAGGGUGAAAUCUGAGUUGACCGUGGAGCGAUAUUGAGCGGAGCAGCCUGGAGCAGCUUUGAGCAGAGGAUACAUCCAUGAUACAGACAGCCAUGCCGGUACUGGAGGUGAUCUGCAGCCUGAUUGGCUGGUUCUGUCUCUACCUGCUGUUCUGCUGUAUCUUCACUCAGCGGGGGCCCGAGUGGAACUGCCGGUUGGUCACUUUGUCCCACGGGGUCCUAAUAGUACUGCUGACAGCAUACGUCCUCUUCAUAGACGGACCAUUGCCUUUCACACAUGCAGGUACAGAAAACACUGAGCUCCAGACCUCAUGCCUGGCUGUCUGCCUCGGCUACUUCCUCUUUGACAUGGGCUGGUGUGUGCGCUACCACACCGAGGGCCCUGUCAUGCUGGCCCACCACACUGGGAGCAUUGUGGGCAUCCUGCUCGCUCUGCUCAUGGGAGUGUCCGGCUGCGAGACGUGCGGAGUCAUUUUCGGCAGCGAGAUCACCAACCCCCUGCUGCAGACCCGCUGGUUCCUCCGCCAGCUGGGCCUGUAUGACAGCCUGCUGGGCGACGCAGUGGACCUGCUUUUUAUUUUAUUGUUCGCAACCGUGCGCGUGGGAGUCGGCACGGCCAUGUUUUACUGCGAGCUCACCUCUCCCAGGACCACGCUGAUAAUGAAGCUCGGCGGCGUGGCCAUGUACGGCCUGGCCUGGGUGUUCAUGGUGGACAUAGCCAGAUUUGGCUACAAGAAAAGUAGGGCGAAGUAUAAAAGGUGGCGCGAGAACCAUAUACUGAAAGAAAUCAACGCACAAAAACUGGAUGGACAAGAGUCAGGAAUUCAUCUUUAAAGAUAAACUCAUCUGCCUACUUCUUGCAGGGACAAAAGCUACAUAUUGUGGCAUCAAUAUAUCACAUAUC